GCCGCCCCGCCCCACCCCACGCCCACCCGUGGGUUUCCUGUUGACUCACAGGGGUCACAUGGUGCCGGGCCCCUCCUGCCACCUGCGUGGAGCCGAGCGAGUCAAGUGACCGGGCCGGGCGGAGGCAGGAGCGCGGGGCUGCGAGACCGAGGCACCGGGCGCGAUGGCGUUGGAAGGCGGCAUGAGAUGCGUCAAGUUCCUGGUUUUCUUCUUCAACUUCUUGUUCUGGCUCUGCGGCAUCGCCCUCAUCGUCAUCGGGAUCUACGUGCAGAUCGAGCUCAACAAGACACUGAUCAUGAGCAGCCCUUCGGCCUCGGGCGCCCCCAUCGUCAUCAUCGUCGUGGGUGUCGUCAUCUUCUUUGUCUCCUUCUUUGGCUGCUGCGGGGCCUCGAAGGAGAAUUACUGCAUGGUCACCACGUUCGCCAUCCUGCUCACCUGUAUCUUCCUGGUGGAGAUCGCAGCUGCCAUUGCCGGGUACAUCUUCAAGGACAAGGUCCGCGCCGUGCUCCAGGACGGCCUGGAGGACGCCAUGAAGAAAUACGGCAACGACACGCUGGUAACCCAGACCCUGGACGAUCUGCAGAGGAAAUAUUCCUGCUGCGGGGCCAAUAACUACACGGACUGGUCCGCCAUCGAACCGUUCAAAAGCAACCACAGCGUCCCCGCGUCCUGCUGCUGGGCAAACGCCACCGUGCCCACGUGCUACCUCGAUCCCACGCCUGCCACCGUCAACGUCCAAGGCUGUGCGCAGAGCAUCGAGGCCUGGCUGAAGAAACACAUCGUCAUCGUGGCGGCCGUGGCGCUGGGCAUCGCCUUCUUCGAGCUCCUGGGCAUCAUCUUCGCCUGCUGCCUCAUGAAGGGGAUCCGCAGCGGCUACGAGGUCAUGUAGCCGGCGGGGCGGCCCCAGCCCGGACUCCGGGGGGGCUCCCCGGGGGGGCAGGGGGGUGUCGCUCUCUGCCCCUUUAAGCUGUCAGACCCGCCUUCUUUCUGCAGCACCCCCUGGUGGGCAGCUCCUGUCCUGCAGCUGGUACCGUAUUUCCUCUAAUGGACGGGUAGCAGGUGCCUUAAACA